AUGCGCCCGCCGGCUGUCGUCUCAUCACCUUCCGCCUACCAGAGGCGCGUCUCUCCACCUGGCAGCCCCUCGGCAGCCAAUCACCGUCGACAAUGCUGCUACGACAAAUACGGACCCACAAUUGACGGUCACGGACACUCCCAUUUGGAGGACGUAGAGCAGCAGCAACAGGUGGUUGCUGCCAGCACUUCCGUAUUUUGCUGUUGCUAUACGUGUCCUGGGAACAGAUCGACAUCACUCUUAGCAACCUUAGGCGUUUGUUUUUUGGUUCUGGGCUACACGAUAUUAGGCGCAUUCAUAUUCAUGGCACUUGAAGGCGGCCUGUAUCAAGACACUGCUGUUGCUGCUUCUAAGGCUAACCCAAAAAGUGACAAUACUGUCAUUGGCGAGUUGCGAACUGAGACCGUCGACAGGCUGUGGAGUAUUACCGAGAAUUUGAAUAUUUUAUACAGGGAAAAUUGGACCAGGCUGGCAGCAGAAGAGGUGCUAGUAUUCCAGGAGGCCUUAUUAAAAAUACUGAGGAACACCGAAACAAGCUACGUAACUUCAGGCACUGGGACCAUGACCUACUAUCAGAACUUUCAUAAGUGGAGCUUUAGCUCCAGUUUUCUGUAUUCCCUAACACUCAUCACAACUAUUGGUAAGUGA